AGUCAUAUGACGAAUGGACGGUAAUAUUAAAUUCAAAUAUUUUGGCAUGUAGAUGCUAACAUAAACAGAUUAUUGUUCUUGACAUUCUUGACAGGUCAAAUCAAUUUUAUUUUAAUAAAAAAACGUGCGAGUUCGGAGUUAAGACAAGACGAACGCGUGAAGUGUGGUCAAGUGCGGUGCGUAUUAACAGCAAGGCGCGCGGGUCCCCACGUUGCCGUUGGUGUCUCUUAUCGGUAAUUAGACACACAUAAAUAGUUCAUCUUGUUAUUCUCGCCGCAUAUAUCGCGAGUGACGGUCGAGAGGUCGUUUCGGUGCUACGCUGAUGAAAUCAACCGUAACUCUAGAAGAAGUAGUAAAUAAAUUAGAUCACAUUUCCUUACCACUAACUACCAGAAUGCCGAACAUCAAAGUCUUCAGCGGGAGCUCCCACCCAGACCUGGCGCAGAAAAUCGUGGAUCGUUUAGGCAUCGAUCUCGGUAAAGUUGUAACCAAGAAGUUUAGCAACAUGGAAACAUGUGUGGAAAUCGGUGAAUCUGUUCGUGGAGAGGAUGUUUACAUUGUUCAGAGCGGCAGCGGAGAGAUUAAUGACAAUCUGAUGGAGCUACUUAUCAUGAUUAACGCGUGUAAAAUAGCCUCCGCGUCCCGAGUGACGGCGGUCAUUCCGUGCUUCCCGUACGCGCGGCAAGACAAGAAAGACAAGAGCAGAGCGCCGAUCACCGCCAAGCUCGUCGCCAACAUUCUGUCGGUGUCCGGCGCCGACCACAUCAUCACAAUGGACCUUCAUGCGUCUCAAAUUCAAGGCUUCUUUGACAUUCCCGUGGAUAACCUCUUUGCAGAACCUGCUGUAUUGAAAUGGAUCAAAGAAAAUAUUCCUGACUGGAAGACCAGUAUUGUAGUGUCUCCGGAUGCUGGAGGUGCGAAGAGGGUCACAUCUAUUGCUGACCGUUUGAAUGUUGAGUUUGCUUUGAUCCACAAAGAAAGAAAAAAGGCUAAUGAAGUAGCUUCAAUGGUGCUUGUUGGUGAUGUGAAGGACCGGACGGCAAUCCUGGUGGAUGACAUGGCAGAUACUUGUGGUACCAUCUGUCAUGCUGCAGAGAAACUGAUAGAAGCAGGAGCUACAAAUGUGUAUGCUAUUCUAACACAUGGUAUUUUCUCUGGGCCAGCAAUCUCAAGGAUCAACAAUGCUUGUUUAGAAGCUGUUGUUGUCACAAACACAAUACCUCAGGAGAGGCAUAUGCAGGAGUGCCCCAAGAUCCAGUGUAUUGACGUGUCUAUGAUGUUGGCAGAGGCUGUCAGACGUACACACAAUGGUGAAUCCGUCUCCUACCUAUUUUCUAAUGUUCCAUACUAGUUUAGUUUCAUUAUUUUACAUUAUAUUUUACUUAAAUAUAGGUGAGUGUUAUGAUUCUUAUCAUAAAAGUGGCGCAUAGCUGAUAACUGUUAAUGGCUUCAGUAAAUCUUAGAGUUACAUAUUAUAUUUGUUAUGAAAAAAAAAAUAGUUUAAUAUUGAGAUGCAGAAAGAAAUUUUGUUGGAGCUUGGUCUCCUGUCUCUUAGAGAACUGGCAUGCAAGCAAAAAGGUAUAAAUAUGUUAAGGAAAUAAAUGUAUUAUUUAGUAGCAACCUUAAUCUGCAAACAAAGUAUACAAAGCAAUGUUUCAAGGUAUGAUUGUUAAAAUAAAAUUUAGUCUACCCUCAGUUAAACUUACAAUAUAAUGCUAUAUUCUCAUAAAAUUACUAGCAACCUCUUUUCUGCAAAAUAUCAGUUCAUUCCAUUUAUUUCAUUUGACAUUUGGAAAAUUAGGUCUGCAUUUGUAUUUUAGCUAAUAACUUCCAUAUUUGCCUCUAUGAAACUCACCAAAACAGGUUUAUUGAUAUCAAUUCUUAGUUUAAAAUAAAAGACAUUUUAGUUUUUAAACUUAUAAUCUAUGUAUUUCUUUAAGUUCAGUUGGGUUGUUGAAGCAGAGCCAUAAUUUCAAUUUUGAAUUUCCAAAAUAUGAAAUUAGUUUAUUACAAACUUUUAAUUGAAUGGAAUACUAGCACUUCCACAAGACAAUAAAUAUAAUGACAGUGCCUUAUCAUCAAAUUAACACAGUCAUGUUCUUACACAAAGUUUUAAUAUUAAUUUGAAACAGGAAUGCAAUUGACAGAAUGUUUAGUGCCUAGAUAAAUAAAUUAAAACUCACUUUUAUAUUCAUAUCAAAUUUUUUUUUUUUACUGUUUUUAUUGUUGAUGAUAAACAAAUCAAUUGUUCACAAUGAACUAAUUAGACUCUAAAUGGGUGAUUAUGAAAAUAUUUGAUGUGAUGUAAUGAGUUAGUUACUUGAACUUCUUUCAAUUGUGUGGUCUAAUUUUAAAUAAGUGAGGAUAUUGUAGAUGGCCAGCUUCAAACAAUCCACUGUGAUUUUUUUUAUUAAUUUUGUCUUUUUUUCUGUUUAGAUUAGUUGUUUGUGUUACAACUAGCAAUAAAAAUGUAUUAAGUUUUAUCUUUCUUUUUAUGAAAA